AUGGCGCCCAACGACGAUGUUGAGCGCCCGCGGGCCAGCUCUGGCGCUGAGCGCCAGAAGUCCAUCGUCUCCAUGACUGAAUUCGACGGCAUGGACGAAUACACCGCGCUCCAGAAGUACAUCCUCUUCUACCGCGACGCAAAGGUCAACCCCCACGCCACGCCCACCGUCCAGGUCAAGAAGUGGUGGCAGUUCUGGAAGUCCGGUUCUACCACCGCUACUCCCGUCGCCGACGCUGGCCUUGUCCCUGAUGAACUCCUCAACACUGAGCUUCGCACCGGUCUUUCCUCGCACGAGGUCGAGGAGCGCCGCAAGCGCUAUGGCUUCAACGAAAUCACCAGCGAGAAGACCAACCUUCUCAAGCAGUUCAUUGGUUACUUCACCGGCCCUAUUCUCUACGUCAUGGAGCUCGCUGCUCUUCUCGCCGCUGGUCUUCAGGACUGGGUUGAUUUUGGUGUCAUUUGCGGUAUCCUGUUGCUCAACGCCAUUGUCGGUUGGUACCAGGAGAAGCAGGCUGCUGAUGUCGUCGCAUCACUCAAGGGUGACAUUGCCAUGAAGGCAACUGUCGUUCGUGACAACCAACAACAAACCAUUCUCGCCCGUGAACUCGUCCCCGGUGACAUCGUUGUCAUCGAGGAGGGUCAGACCGUCCCUGGUGAUGCCCGUCUCAUCUGCAGCUACGACCACCCUGAAGACUUCGAAUUGUACAUGAAGCUCAAGGCUGAAGACAAGUUCCACGACGCUGACCCCGAAGACGAGAAGGAUGAUGUCGACGAGGAGAAGUUCGACGAGGAGAACCCCAUUACCCAGGGCCACCCUCUCGUUGCCUGCGAUCAAUCGUCCAUCACCGGAGAGUCUCUCGCCGUCGACAAGUACAUGGGAGAGGUUGCCUACUACACCACUGGUUGCAAGCGCGGCAAGGCCUACGGUAUCGUCAUCACCACUGCUAAGCACUCUUUCGUCGGUCGCACUGCUACCCUCGUUCAGGGCGCUCAGGACCAGGGUCACUUCAAGGCUAUCAUGAACUCCAUCGGAACGGCGCUUCUCGUCCUCGUCAUGUUCUUCAUCCUGCUCGCCUGGAUUGGUGGUUUCUUCCGUCACAUUCCUAUUGCCACUGCCCGCGAGGGAACCGACAAGUCCGUCACUCUCCUCCACUACGCCCUCAUCAUGUUCAUCGUUGGUGUCCCCGUCGGUCUUCCCGUCGUCACCACCACCACUCUCGCCGUCGGUGCUGCCUACCUUGCUGAGCAGAAGGCUAUUGUCCAGAAGCUCACUGCCAUCGAGUCGCUUGCUGGUGUCGAUGUUCUCUGCUCUGACAAGACCGGUACCCUCACUGCCAACCAGCUUUCGCUCCGUGAGCCCUACGUCGCUGAGGGUCAGGAUGUCAACUGGAUGAUGGCCGUCGCUGCUCUUGCCUCUUCCCACAACCUCAAGUCUCUCGACCCCAUUGACAAGGUUACCAUUCUUACCAUCCGCCGCUACCCCAAGGCUCGUGAGAUCCUCAACAUGGGCUGGCGCACCGAGAAGUUCACUCCCUUCGACCCCGUCUCCAAGCGUAUCACUGCCGUCUGCCACAUGGGUGGUGACAAGUAUGUCUGCGCCAAGGGUGCCCCCAAGGCCAUUGUCAACCUCGCCAACUGCGAUGAGGUCACCGCUACCCUUUACAAGGAGAAGGCCGCCGAGUUCGCUCGCCGUGGUUUCCGCUCUCUCGGUGUCGCUUACCAGAAGAACGACGGUGACUGGAUCCUUCUUGGUCUCAUGUCCAUGUUCGACCCCCCUCGUGAGGAUACCGCCCAGACCAUUGUUGAGGCUCAGCAGCUCGGUGUUCCCGUCAAGAUGUUGACUGGUGACGCUAUUGCCAUCGCCAAGGAGACCUGCAAGAUGCUUGCUCUCGGUACCAAGGUUUACAACUCUUCCAAGCUCAUCCACGGUGGUCUUACUGGUACUACCCAGCACGACCUUGUCGAGCGUGCCGAUGGUUUCGCCGAGGUUUUCCCCGAGCACAAGUACCAGGUCGUCGAAAUGCUCCAGCAGCGUGGUCACUUGACUGCCAUGACUGGUGACGGUGUCAACGAUGCUCCUUCCCUUAAGAAGUCUGACUGUGGUAUCGCCGUCGAGGGUUCUACCGAAGCUGCUCAGGCUGCCGCCGAUAUCGUCUUCCUUGCCCCUGGUCUGUCCACCAUCGUCCUUGCCAUCAAGACUGCCCGCCAGAUUUUCCAGCGUAUGAAGGCCUACAUUCAGUACCGUAUUGCUCUCUGUCUCCACUUGGAAGUCUACCUCGUCACCUCCAUGAUCAUCCUCAACGAGACCAUCCGCGCUGAGCUCAUUGUCUUCCUUGCCCUGUUCGCUGAUUUGGCUACCGUCGCCGUCGCUUACGACAAUGCCCACUCUGAGCAACGCCCCGUCGAGUGGCAGCUGCCCAAGAUCUGGUUCAUCUCCGUCGUCCUUGGUCUCCUCCUCGCUCUCGCCACCUGGGUUGUCCGUGGUACCCUCUUCAUCCCCAGCGGUGGUAUCAUCCAGAACUUUGGUGCUAUCCAGCCCAUUCUGUUCCUCGAGGUUGCCCUUACUGAGAACUGGCUCAUCUUCGUCACUCGUGGCGGCAAGACUUUCCCCUCGUUCCAGCUGGUUAUUGCCAUCUUGGGUGUCGAUGCUCUCGCUACCAUCUUCACUCUCUUCGGCUGGAUGUCCGGUGCUCCUUACGAGACCAACCCCCCUACUAUCAACUCCCGCUUCCGUGAUGACGGAUGGGUCGACAUUGUUACCGUUGUCGUCAUCUGGGCCUACUCUAUUGGUGUUACGAUCAUCAUCGCCAUUGUCUACUACAUGCUUAACCGCAUUGAGUGGCUCGACACUCUCGGCCGCAAGGACCGUAGCCGCAAGAACCCUGCCAUUGAGAACAUGAUUGCUGCUCUCAGCAAGCUGUCUCUCGAGCACGGAACCGACAAGCACGGAACUACCCGUUAUGUCCUUGCUCCCCGCGCUGUUGAGGAGGAGGAUGACGACUAGAUAUGAGUCGAUGUGUAUUUGGAUAUUUGCUAGGGUCUGAUGAGCCCACCUUCAUGGAAAGGUUAAUUUCUCAUCACUGUACUUGCUAGUCUUCUCACGUAUACCAAGAAGCAUAAUUUCAUUGUCUGAAUUUAAUA